CCUCCUUACGCACACACCGCACAGACAGAGGCGGCAGGCGAGAGGGAAGACGUAAUGGUUUGACUCUGUGUGUGCACUUGCGAUGAUCGUGGCUCCUGCAUUAGUCUGCACAUUCCACAAACACGAGGCACAAUGAAGGCGGGGGCCUCGUCCAUGUGGGCGUCAUGCUGCGGGCUGCUGAACGAGGUGAUGGGCACGGGUACUGUGCGGGCACAGCAGCCCGGUUUCGGGGCUGGAGCCACGCCUUUCCGCUUUGCCCCCGGCGCGGGGUACUCCACGUACCCGCCAGCCAGCUCGGGGAGCGCUGGGCAGCUGUGCAAGGCCUGCGGGCUGGCCUUCUCAGUCUUCAGACGCAAGCAUGUGUGCUGCGACUGCAAGAAGAGCUUCUGCGCGCUGUGCUCGGUGCUGCAGGAGAACUUGCGCUGCUGCGCCACCUGCCACCUGUUACGGGGCACCGCCUUCCAGAGGCCACGCCUCAUGCAGCUUCGCGUCAAGGACCUGCGGCAGUACCUGCUGCUCCGCAACAUCCCCACCGACACCUGCAGGGAGAAGGAGGACCUGGUGGACCUGGUGCUGUGCCACCGGGGUACCAGAGAGGCCCCGCGACCUGUCAUGGUGGUGCAGGAGGAGGAGGAGGAAGAAGAAGAAGAGGAGGGGGAUGGAGACACGCCCGAGGAACACGAGGAGGAAGAUGACCAAGAUGAUUCAGACGGUCUCCACUCACUGGCCGCCUCGCCGUCCUCCCCCGCCGGCUCGGCUUCGGAACAUUCGCUCGGGUCCGCCUCUCAGGGAGUUGUGCUCAGCCCCAGUGACAGCUCAGGGACUCCUAGCCAGUUUUCUCCACAGGAGCAAGAGGACACGCCCACAGUGUCGCUGGUUAAUCUGGAGCAGACGGAAAAUGCAGUGGAGGCCAGUCCGGCGGCGACGGGGAGGAGAGUCCGCGCGUCGCUGUCCGACUUGGACGACGAAGACGCCAUCGAGAGGUUGUCGGUGCGCCAGCUGAAGGAAAUCCUGGCCAGGAAUUUCGUCAACUACUCGGGCUGCUGCGAGAAGUGGGAGCUGCUGGAACGCGUGCAUCGCCUUUACAGAGAAAACCAGAACAACAGAAAGUCCAUGGAAAACGUGAACAUUACAGCAGUUGUCGCAUAUCCUCCCCCACUGUGCAACAGCGCCGUCGGAGACGGCGUGAAAGCCCAACUGGCCUCCGACGACAAUUUGUGUCGCAUCUGCAUGGACGCCAUCAUCGACUGUGUGCUGCUAGAGUGCGGACACAUGGUGACGUGCACUAAAUGCGGCAAGAGGAUGAACGAGUGCCCCAUCUGUCGGCAGUACGUGGUACGCGCCGUGCACGUCUUCAAGUCAUAGGGGAAAAAAACGCUAGCGCCAGAGACGGACGCUUUUCGCGGGACACGGCAGGGGUUCCGGUCGACGCGUCAUCGCCGUCGAGUCGACUUUACAUGUGCAAUACCGUGAAGAAAACAAAAACAAAAGGAGACUUGUGUGUGUUUUUUUAAAUUAAUUUAUGUAGAAAAUAGUUAGCAGAUGCCAAAUAAUAUGCCUCGAUUCUCAUACUCCUUGCUUUGAAUUCUUUUAUUUCGCGACCAUUGACGGCGAUAGAUGUCCAAUCCAUUUGAACCAGGAGGGGCGAAUGAACGUUCCAAAUGGAUUGGACAUCUUGCGCUGUCAUUAGCGAACGAUGACUUAACAAGGGUUUGGCAGACUGACGCUAUCACUGUGACCAAAUAACGGUGUUAUAAAUACAGCCUAGAAAAAUACUAUCAAGAUCUUAUAAGUAAAAAAAAAUUAAAAUUGUACUUCCAAGUUUAAUAUAACUCAGCUAAACUUCAUGAACAAAUUUCCUGGAUGGCAGGGGUGUCAAACUCCUUUUUGUUCAUGGGCUACAUUUAGGGUAAUUACAGUGCUGCUCAAAAGUUUGUGAACCCCCUCAACAUUUUGGAAUUUUCUAUUAUUUCAACCUGAUUUCCUAAUCAAUCAAUUCAGUAGUUUUUUUUUGUUUUUUUAACAGUUGUGUUGUCGAGACUAAAUUAAAAAGAGUUUUCAUCAACUGAUGUAGGUGCAAAAUUGAACUGUUUGGUCACAACCAAAACCGCCAUGUCUGGCGAAAAGUCAACACUGCAUACCACCAAAAGAACCUUCUCCCAACAGUGAAGCAUGGAGGUGGGAAUGUCAAGAUCUGGGCUUGCUUUUCAUCCUCAGGACCUGGACAACUCCACAUAGUCCAGGGAAUCAUGAAUUCUGAGGAAUAUUGUCAAAUCCUAGAACAUAACCUGACGCCAUCUGUUUUGAAGUUAAAGCUUGGCAGAAGGUGGAUCAUGCAACAUGAUAAUGAUCCAAAGCAUUCCAGCAAUACAACCAAGGAAUGGCUGAAAAAGAAGAAGAUUCGUGUUCUGGACUGGCCCAGUCAAAGUCCUGACCUAAAUCCCAUUGAAAUGCUGUGGCGGGACCUGAAGCGAGCAGUUCAUGCCAGACGCCCAUCAAACCUCUCUCAACUGACUACGUUCUGCAAGGAAGAAUGGGCAAAAAUCCCCCAAAGUAGAUGUGAGAGGCUGAUUAGUCACUACAGAAACCGUUUGGUUGAGGUAAUCUCUGCAAAAGGAGGCGCAAUAUCCUAUUAACUGAAGGGGUUCACAUACUUUUGCACACAUGAUAUCUGAGUUUUUCUUAAAUCAACCACUUUUGUUAAAUAAAGAAUGACAAUAUAACUAUUUCUUUUGUUUCAGUCCAUUAUUUGGAAUGUCAGUAUUGUGGAUUUGGGUAUAACUUAACAUUUAAUAAGGUUAUUUUAGUUUUUUUUACAAAAAAUCUGACCAUCGCUGUGGGGUUCACAAACUUUCGAGCAGCACUGUAUAUCUCAUGUAGGCCGGGCUAGUUUAUUUUUGGCCAAAUAAAUUAACUCACUGGCUGACAUGGACAGCGUUUAGACGUCCAAUUCAUUUUGACGGAAAGUACAGGCAGCGUCGGAGUUAAACACGUGAAAGGAGUUCUACAGGGCUCAAUCUUAGAACCCCUGUUGGUUGUUUUUUUAUGUUACCAUUAAUAUUUGAGUCAACAUUCAUUCGCCCCACCCAGUCAAAAUGGUUUGGACAUCUGUCGUUGCCAAAGGCAGGCAAUUAGUUCAUUUUGUAUCACUACCAUGUAAUUUUAAGAUACUUACAGAUCACUUCCUGUAAAUUUUGCAUCAUUUCCUGUUGAUUCUCUGCAUUUCUGGAGUGCUGUGCUAUGCUAUCAGUUAAUUUUGGGACAUUUUUAUGUCACUUCCUGUCUGUUUUGGGGCAUUUUUGGGCCACUUCCUCGUUAACUCAUUGGCUGCCUUUGACAGUGCUAGACGUCCAACCCAUUUUGGCUGGGAGGAGGCAAAGGAUCGAGUGUAACUGCAGACACUAAAGUGAGCAGUAGUCCACGCACUUAAUCACACAAAUCACCAGAGGUGGGUAGGGUAGCCAAAUAUUUUACUCAAGUAAGAGUAGCGUCAUUUUCAAAGUAAUAUUACUCAAUUAGGAGUAAAAGUAGCCAUCCAGAAAAUGUACUCAAGUACAAGUAAAAAAGUAUUUGGUCAAAAGAAUACUCAAGUAAUGAGUAACAUUGUGAGUAACUGCUUACGAUGUUUGAUUUUUUUUUUUUUUUUUUUUUUUUGGUCAGCACAAGGUGCAUGAGUGCCCUCAAUUAAAUAAUUCCUUCAUAGUUCCUAUUAUGAAAGUAAAAGGAUCAUAUCGCCGUUUGUCCAAUGUCAAUCGCUGCCAAACAAAAACUGGAAGACAGGUUUAAAUCUGCGCUUUCGAGUCAUGUGGAGGGCAGCGCUCUAUGUCAAAUACCGUAUUGGCCCGAAUAUAAGACGGCCCUGAUUAUAAGACGACCCCCUCUUUUUCAAGACUCAAGUUUGGGAAAAAAAGACUUUUUAAACACCAAAUUAAUUUUGAUACAGAAAAUAAUUACAGUGCAUCUGAAACAAAUGAUUAUAACAAUAUAUUUGAGAGAAAAAGCAUGUUAUUUUUCCUCAUUCAAAUCUUAAUAUCGGAACGUUUAAAUAUGUAAACUAAAGUGCAAUCACAUUCGUAAAUGAAUGGCUUCUGGUUUUUGAAAUGUAAAUAAACCAAUCUAUUGUGAUAAAACAACAAAAUUGCAAUAACUGCAUUAACCAUCAAAGUGAAGUCUAACUGUAACUGUAGUCUUGAAACAAACCUGAAUAAGGAAAAACACUGCAAUAAAAUAACGCAAACUUGUUAAACUUGAGAGUAGCUGAGAUCUGUCAUGACAGAACAUCGCUUCAAUGAUAUCUGGCGCCAUAUAGCGUCAUGAAUGUGUAUAACGUCUAGACCGCGGAUAUAAGACGACCCCCACCUUUUCAGUCUUAUUUCAAUGCAAAAAAACACCGUCUUAUAUUCGGGCCAAUACGGUACUUAAUUUUUUACAAUACUUUAAAGACACCGCGUGACUGAACAGGUCGGCGUGAUCAUAGAACAGAAAGCUUGAGUCUAAUUGGUAUAAUGGAGUCGUGAUUAUUGUUACGUUGUCUCAUUAGUGAAAAAAAAUUAAUGUAGAAUAAACAGGGAAAAUGAAACAACUGUGGCUAAGUAAAACUACUCUUAGAAGUACAUUUUUCUCAAAACGUUACUCAAGUAAAUGUCACUGAAUAAAUGUAAAGGGUUAGGAAGUACCCACCUCUGCAAAUCAGUAAUCUACAGUUUUACGGCACCAAUGUCAAAAUAAAAGCGUCCGAUUUUGUAUGUAAAGUAGGAAUGAGCUACAACAACCCCUUGGACCCCCGGCGGUCUGUAAAUUUGACACCCCUUCUGUAUGGGGUUAAAAAAAUUAUUGUCGCUGAGAUAGUAACUGAAUCUUAAUUGAAAUUUUGCUUAAAUUUAGUGGGGAUUUUUUUUUUUACGGAUAAAAGACAAAGUUAUAAGAGUUCGAAUGAGAAAUGUGGUAAUGUUUUGAGGAAAAAAUAUUUUGGCGCAUAUUUAUAGAUUUCCAAAUUUAUCAAUAUAUAUUUUUUUGAGUAAUCAAGAAUGUGAUGAGUUCUUCGUUACCUAUCAUCAGUCAUUGAAAAAAGGAACAUGUGUGAAUAUUACAAUUCAUCAAUAACAUUUUUCAAAUAUGAGAAUGUAAGAUGUAAGGUUUUGUCUCUUUAGAAUUCUCAAAUUCACAAGCACAGAAACUGAAUUAUAAAGAUUUGACAAAAUAUGAGAAUAUUGCAUUUUUAGGGUUAAAAGACAAAGUUAUGAGAGUUAAAAUGAGAUAUCUUUUGAGAAGAUAUUAAAAUAUUAUAUUAAAUACAAUUAUAUUCUAAAUAUGAAUUAAUAAUUUAUUCUGCAUCCUAAUGUGAUUAUACAUUUUGGAAAAAAAAUAGUAUUGUUUCAUGAAUCAUA